UUAGUGGUGAGCAACACACUUUUCGCAUUCAUCAACAACUCAAUCAGAUCGUUUCUCAAAAAUCAAAAUCCAAAAAACCACAAUCAGAAAUUCAAAACCAGAUCAAAGGCAAUCGCAAAAAUGGGGUUAAGCGACGAGCAGAUAUCAUCGAUGAAGGAAGCGUUCAAUCUCUUCGACGCCGACAGCGACGGCAAAAUCGCGGCGUCGGAGCUCGGGAUCCUGAUGCGCUCCCUCGGCGGGAAUCCGACGCAGGCGCAGCUGAAAUCGGUGAUCGCGGAGGAGAAGCUGACGGCGCCGUUCGAUUUCCAGAGGUUCCUCGACCUGAUGGCGAAGCACCUGAAGGCGGAGCCGUUCGACAAGAAGCUCCGCGACGCGUUCCAGGUGCUGGACAAGGAGGGGACGGGAUUCGUGGUGGUGAAGGAGCUGCGGCACAUCCUCACCAACAUCGGCGAGAAACUGGAGCCCGCGGAGUUCGAAGAGUGGAUCCGAGAGGUCGACGUUGGAUCCGAUGGCAAGAUCAAAUAUGACGAUUUCAUCGCGCGAAUGGUCGCUAAAUGAGGAAGGUGAGCGAAAUGGUGGUUCGUUUUAUAUCUAUAUUUGCAUGCUCGUUUGCUUUCCACAAGCAGUGAAGAUAUGAAUUAUUAUUUUUUAUUUAGUUAUUGAUUUUACAUGAUCUAGAUGCUCUUUGCUACAUCAGUUUGUCACAUUGUUUCAUUUAUUUGUUGACUCAUCACCUAGUCCUAAGAGCAGUGAGCAUUGUUUAAAUUAAGAUAAUCA